AUGCCUCAAAAUCGCAAACAGCGUCGAGCUGCCGCCGCCGCCGCCGCGGCAGCGGCAGACGACAACAACUUCGAUUCAUCCUCAAUUCCUCUUUCACGUCCACCCGAAUUUUCCGACAGCAACACCAAGAGCACACGACAAGCAAAAACUCUCCUCGAAAUAGCGGCCGAACGACAACAAGAACUAAAGCAACGUCUCGGCAAUAACAAUAAAGGAAAGAAUAGCAGAAACACCGCAAAGAUAAACGGGCAAUUCAUCGACCUCGACGCAACAGAGACACAAUUUCUCGAAAUCUCCUCCUCCGGCCAAAUCUCAAACCUCAAUCCAGACGAGCUGCAAACAAAACCAUCCCAAUUGAACAAGCAGAUCAGAGAAGAAGAGGAAGAGGAGGAGGAGGAGGGAAUACCGCCUUUAAUGAACACACUACUCACCUCCAUCCCACUAACAGCCGUACACUUCACACUCGCCUUCCUCGCAGCGCACCAAUACAUCCAAGAAAUAAUAUGGAAAGACAUAAUCCAAGAAUCCAUCUUCAUUGCUUUUCCCGUCUUGACGUUCUGCAUUCAUCUCGCGCACGGACAUAUAAUCUCCUUCUCGUCGCCAAAACGAAAACCGAAACCGAAAAAGCCGAAAAUUCCAUCGCCAUCAGAUGCGCUGAUUGGCGACUUCUUCACUCCCAGAACGCUAUUCUUCUUUCUCCCCCUCGCCGUCGUGCUGGGUGGAUACCUAAUCCAUACCACGAAUCAGUCGGGAUACUAUGCUGUUAUGAAACGGGCGCCGAGUAUAGGUACAAUGUGGGUUUGGUGUGUGUUGGAGAUAUCGUCGCCUUUGGCGGCGUUGGUGGCUUUAUUGGUUCCUUUGGCAUGGGGGACGGGUGUUAUGGGUUUCUCUUCUUCCGAGGAGUAA